CCCCCCCUUCCCCUCAUUCGUCCAUCUCUUCUCGUCCCGUUUGCGUUUGUUGUAUCAGUUUGUGUUCAAUUUAUCAAUUACUAUUUGUAAUCAUGGCCCUAAAGUGAUUAAAAAUAGUUGUCAAAUCACGAUCUCAAUGUGCGGUGAUUGAUGUGAAUAUGGCAACUGGUGGUGAGGAACUGUGGCGCGAGUGCGCAGCCUGGCUGACGAGAUGUGGGCUCCUGCACAAGGACCACAAGGCGAACUGGGAGCAGAGCACGAUCCACGACCUGGCGUACACGCUGCGCGACGGCGUGCUGCUGUGCAACCUGCUGAACGCGCUGCGGCCGGGCUGCAUCGACAUGAAGGACGUCAACCUGCGCCCGCAGAUGGCCCAGUUCCUCUGCAUGCACAACAUCAAGAUGUUCCUGCGCACGUGCCACGAGGUGUUCGAGCUGCGAGAGACCGACCUGUUCGACCCGUCCAUGCUGUUCGACCUGUCCAACUUCCACCGGGUGCUGUGCACGCUGGCCAAGCUCAGCCAGUGUCCUGUGGCGCUGCACCAUAAUGUCAAGCCAUUCUCGUCACAAAGGACUCUUUCAGAAGAAGACAUCUACAAGGACUUACAGACUGUUCGCUGGGUGUCCACGGAGUGCCCGCGCGAGUCGCCGCCGCCGGGCGUGGGCGCGCCGUGGGUGCAGUUCACGAUCCCCUCGGCGCCGUGCGAGGACCGCGUCGUGGAGGAGAUAUACGAGGACCUGUGCUACGUCAAGUUCACCUCGUCCACGCCAGAGCUCGCAGCGGCCACCCACAACUACGAGAAGCGCGACUAUGUGAUCCGCGAGCUGCUGGACACGGAGUGCAAGUACGUGGAGCUGCUGGGCAAGCUCAGCAAGUGCUUCAUGCGCCCGCUCGUGCCGCUGUUGAAGCCGCACGACGCACAAGUCAUAUUCUUUGGUAUUCAGGAACUGCACGAGAUCCACAAAGGCCUCCUUAAACAACUCAAACUGGCCACCGAAGGGGUGGUCCCGGGGCGGUCGGCGCCGCGUCUGGCCGACGUGUUCCUCGCGUGGCGGGAGAAGCUGCUCAUCUACGGGGACUACUGCUCCAACCUCACCUCCGCGCAGGACACGCUCAAGGCGCUCGAGGCCAAGGACUCCAAGUUCGCGGACCAGCUGGCGAAAAUCCAAAAGGAAGUGAACCAAGGCCACAUCCACACGCUGCGAGACAUCCUGUCAGUGCCCAUGCAGCGGGUGCUCAAGUACCACCUGCUGCUGGACAAACUAGUCCAUGAAACGCAACCGAAUCACGAGGAGUUUCGCGGGCUGGAGCGCGCCAAGGAGGCGAUGGUGGACGUGGCCCAGUACAUCAACGAGGUGAAGCGCGACAGCGAGGUGCUCGUGCUGCUCAGCAAAGUACAGGAGAGCAUAAUAGACUGGGACGGCUACGGCUGCGGCGGCGGCUCGCUGGCCAGCUACGGGCGGCUGCUGCUCGACGGGGAGCUCAAGGUCAAGUCUCACGAGGACCAGAAGCUGAGGCCCCAGUACGUGUUCGUGUUUGACAAGCUCAUGCUGCUCUGCAAGCCGGCUAAGAACAACCAAUACUCCUUCCAAACGGGCAUCCGUCUAGCCGAAUACCGAGUGGAAGAGGCCAGCUCGCGGCGCACGCUCAGCAAGGACGCGCGCUGGAUGUCGCACUUCUUCCUUGUACGACGGACCAAGGACCGCACGUACACGCUGUACGCUCGCACGGACGACGCCAAGACCAAGUGGGUCAACGUCAUCAGGGACGCCAUUGAGAACCUGGAGCCGGCGGGGUGCCGCAACACCAACCACAAGUUCGUGCUGCACACGUUCGAGAAGCCCGCCACCUGCCACCACUGCUCCAAGUUCCUCAAGGGACGGAUAUUCCAGGGCUACCUCUGCACAGUGUGCAACGCGUGCGCUCACAAGGACUGCAUCGCGCUGUCGGGGCGCUGCGGGGGGCUGUGGCCCGUCGUGCCCGCGCCCGCGCCGCCGCCCAGCAGCGACUCCCUGCACCUGUACAUGUGGUACGUAGGCCCGAUGUCCCGCGAGACGGCGGCGGCGCGGCUGGAGCGGCGCGUGGACGGCACGUUCCUGCUGCGCGUGCGCCCGCAGGCCUCGCUGCACGCGCAGACUGAUACCAGCUAUGCGUUGAGUUUAAAAACGGACAACACAGUAAAACACAUGCGCGUGUGCCGCAAGUGCAUCGAGCAGGCGCCGCACUACUACCUGUCCGAGUCGCGCUUCUUCCGCUCCGUCGUCGACCUCGUGUCCUACUACGAGAAGACCAGCCUGGCCGAGAACUUUGUAGGUCUGGACUCGAACCUGCGCUGGCCGUUCCGGCGAGUAGUCGCCACCGUAGUGCGAGACUUCCGGCCCGCGGACAGCGGCCAGCUGGCGCUGCGGGCCGGCGCCAAGCUGCUGGUGCUCAGCAAGGAGGGCGACGCGCGCGGCUGGUGGAAGGGACGCACGCUCGACAAGGGCGACGACCGCACCGGCUACUUCCCCAAAGAGUACGUGCGUGAAGAACCCGAGUGCGUGGGCGCGCUGGACUGAUGCCGCUCGUGCACGCGCCGCCAGCCGCCCGACGACCUGGUGUAGGCGGCUCGCGUGACAUGGCGCGCGACACGUGACAAUGAUGCUACAUUGCGCAACAUCACAUGUGACAAUGAGCUAGC